AUGAACCAUCUUUCAACUGAUGGUUCAGCUACUUAUGAAGCUAGCCUCAAAACGAUGAUUAAUUUGCUGCAAUCAAAUUGGAGAUUUGAUGUCUCUGGCCGCGCUGGCAAUGAUUUGAACUUGAAAAAAUUCAAUAAGGUGACUAUUGUGCCAUUAGCAACAGACCUUAGGCUUUUAAAAAACUACUUGUUGUUGAAAGCAGGAGAGGCAGUGAACAGGUUGGCUAGAAAUGCUGCUGAUGCGAACGCUUACAAUACUCUGCUGGAGACAGUAUAUUUCAGGGUGAAUACUACUGAAUAG